AUGUAUGAAGGAACAUCCAGCUAGCUUCGCAGUAAGUAUUUAGGCGGAAGCUUGAGCGCAAGCAGCAACAGAUUAUAUCAAGGUAGCAAUGAUAUUGACUAUUAAGUAGAUAACUUAGAAUUAGAAAGCAUCUACAAAAAGAAGGCUGUACGUUUGGAGUUGGAACUUGCAGAAUUACGUAAAGAAAAUGAAUAGCUUAAGUAAUCGAAUUAACAACUCAAGUCCUCUGAAGCUUUGCGCAAUGCUCGAAACUAAAGCUUUGAAUAAGAGAAAUAAUUGUAACUUUAGCGUGAGCGUGAUGAUAUUAUGAGAGAUGUGGUUGAUUUAGCUAGAGGAAAUCGUUUGUUAAGCCAAGAAAAUGAUAUUCUUUCAUAAAAAUAUUCAAAUCUAUUAGAUGUCUACAAUAAAGUUAUAUUAAACAAUACAUCAGCUUCAAAGUUAGCUGAAGUUUAUUCUAAUUAAAUAGAAGGAAGAACAAGAAUAUUAAAGGACUAUACCAAAGAAAAAUGGGAAGAAUUUUCAGAAUUGAAUUCUAACUAUGAAAGCAAUAAGCGUAAAAUAAAUGAGAUGUAUGCAACUUUGAAAGGUAAACUUAUGCAUCUUUAGACUGAUAGUCAUAUUAAUUAUGAUACCAAAGAGCAAUGGAGAGCUUAUGCCGAAGAUGUUUAAGAAGUUUUUGACUCUGUCUUUAGACUUAGUUAAGAGUAAUCAGACUUACAUCAAAAGUUAGUUAUCAAUAUGUAAAAUAAAAACCGUGAGCUCUAGUAAAAGUUUGAAGAAAAUAAUGGACUUUAUGCUUAGAGUAAAAUAUAAACUCCACAAUAAAAUGAGCUUAACUCUAAAGAAUAUAGUAGAGUAGCUUAAGAAAUUAUGCAAAACUCUAAUUAUUAAAUAAAUAAUAAUUUACCUUCAAUUUAAGAAAGCAAAAAUGAACAAAAAUCUACUGAACAAAAUACAUUUGAUAUACCCAGUAAGGAUUAAAAUGAAUAAAAUCCUCUAAAAUCAAAAAAAACUAAACUAAGUUAGAAAUCUGAUUUAUAACCAAGAACUAUUAGGUCACCUAGCCGCUCUGAAGUAACAAAAUCUUCUUAAAAAAGCAAACAAAAAAUUGAAGAUUCUAAAACCCUUCCUAAAUAAAAUCCAGGUUCUUAACAAUCUAUCUCACCAGGAGGAUUAUAGGGAAUUAAGUCCAAGCAAAAACUAGUAUAGAAAUUGGGAACUAAGGCUACAGACAAGCCAAAACUUAAUGGAAAAAGUCCAACUAAGUGA